GCCAGUAGACUCCAGACUACAGACAGACAUGGGACUGUUAUCAUUCCUGGCUAUUGGAGGAGGCGCAGCGGUAGCUGUGGUCGGGGCUCCUAUUCUUCUGGGGGCCGUCGGCUUCACCACCGCUGGGAUAGCAGUAGGCUCCUAUGCUGCGGGGAUGAUGUCGACUGCUGCUGUCGCUAACGGGGGAGCGGUGGCCGCCGGGAGCACCGUGGCUGUUCUGCAGGCAAUAGGUGCAGCUGCCAAUGUGGUUGCAGCCAGCGCGGGAGCAGGAGUCGGAGGAACUUUGGUCGGACUGGCUGCGAUUAUUUGAAAUUCAUGAAGGAAAAAUGUCAAUUUUUGCCAAUUGGAAGGUAAUUGUGACAACUUACAUGUUUUGGUCAAUAAAUAUGUGAACCAUCA